AUGGGAAACACUGAUGCAAAAUUAAAUUUCCGAAAAUCUGUGGUCCAGCUGACAACUCGUACCCAGCCUGUAGAUGCAAAUGAUGAAGCUUUUUGGAGUCAGUUUUGGUCUGAAUCAGCAACAUGCAUUCAAGAUGUUUUCACUCUGAUCCCAGCUGCUGAGAAGAGUCCCCAUCUAAACCUGCCAAAACUUGUUACCAAGGCUGUUGAAAAAUUAGUGCAAGUGGAGAUUCGGGGGUGUAAUCUGGUGAGGGACGACAAGAUGGUUCAGAACUGCAUAAGACUUUUGAUAAGAAUUCUUCCAUACAUAUUUGAAGACCCUGACUGGAGAGGAUUUUUUUGGAGCACACUUCCCGGACACAAGCGAGAUGAUGCCAACGAACCAGACAACAGUGUGCCACUGGCCCAAUCUCUCAUCACAUCUCUCUGUGAUUUGCUCUUCUGUCCAGACUUUACUGUAUCUCCAAACAAAAAAUCAGGACCUGACAACCCUGAAGACAUGUCGAUGAUUGACAGCUGCGAGUAUAUUUGGGCGGCUGGUGUCGGCUUCACCCACAACCACCCUGCCACAGCCACCUACGAACAAAACAGGACUGAAAUUUUGAAGUUGUUGCUCACAUGUUUCUCUGAAACUAUGUACAUCCCCUCUCACGCAGAUUCCCUAAUCGAGACUAAUCAGUGGAUAUCCUAUUUUACCUCGACUGACAAUCGACACGUUCUGCCACUCUUCACUUCCCUCUUAAACAUCGUCUGCUCCUACGAUCCAGUUGGCUACGGCUUGCCAUACAAUUAUCUCAUGUUCAAUGAUAGUAGAGAACCGCUUGUUGAGAUAGCUCUGCACGUUCUAUGCGUCACUUUAGAUAGCGACAACAACAACCUCAAUAGCCAAUCACCUUCUGACGUUCAAUUUGGUGGGUCUGACAAUCUCUUUGUCAACUAUUUGUCGAGAAUUCAUAGAGAAGAUGAUUUUUCGUUCAUGUUGAAAGGGAUAACUCGCCUGUUGAAUAACCCACUGCUGCAGACGUAUCUGCCCGGCUCGUGCAAGAGGAUUCAAUUUCAUCAGGAGCUAUUAGUUUUUCUAUGGAAAAUUUGUGAUAUUAAUAAGAAGUUUAUGUUCUACGUACUGAAGAGUAGUGAUGUCCUAGAUAUAUUGGUUCCUAUUUUGUACUACUUAAAUGACGCCAGAUCAGAUCAAUCGAGAGUUGGGUUGAUGCACAUUGGUGUGUUCAUCUUGCUGUUGUUGAGCGGGGAACGAAACUUCGGGGUGCGACUAAACAAACCCUACACGGUUCGAGUACCCAUGGACAUCCCUGUUUUCACAGGGUCCCACGCCGAUCUACUCAUUAUUGUGUUCCAUAAGAUCAUCACAUCCGGUCAUCAAAGGUUGCAGCCUCUGUUUGACUGCUUACUGACCAUCAUUGUAAAUGUUUCUCCUUAUUUGAAGACAUUGUCGAUGGUUGCCAGUGCUAAACUCCUGCAUCUUCUUGAGGCAUUUUCAACACCGUGGUUCUUAUUUGCCAGCCCGUCAAACCACCAUCUCAUGUUCUUUCUCCUCGAGGUCUUCAACAACAUCAUUCAGUAUCAGUUUGACGGCAACUCAAACCUCGUGUACACCAUAAUAAGAAAGCGUCAGAUCUUUCACCAGCUAGCAAGCCUACCGUGUGACCAUGCAAGCAUAGCUAAAGCCCUAACUAGACUAACCCGAAAACUAUCAAAAGGGGGUCCAACAACGCAGAAUGAGGAGGAGGAGCCUAUGGAGGGGUCCAAGCCGGCGGUCACUGCCGAACCAGGGACUCUGCAGACGAGUCUUGCUGCUACACCUGGCAUAGACAAGAUGACAGAGAAGUCAGAGGCUCCCAAUAUGAUAACAGAUCAGACCGAAACCAAUCCUAACUCGUUUACAUCGCUACCAACAACUCCCGCGAAUUCGACACGCUCAUGCGCCACUACUACUAAUACCUCGGAAAAGUCCAAAUCUUACAAGAAGGGGGGUUCGAGUAGCUGGGUUGCUAGCCCUGAAUGGGUACAAAGCUGGAAGCAGAAACUACCUCUACAGACGAUAAUGAGACUCUUACAAGUCUUAGUGCCACAAGUUGAAAAAAUCUGCAUUGACAAAGGACUGACAGACGAGUCGGAAAUUCUGAAAUUUCUUCAACACGGAACAUUGGUGGGACUACUUCCGGUUCCCCAUCCAAUCCUUAUCAGGAAAUACCAGGCCAACUCCGGAACAACCAUGUGGUUUCGGACAUACAUGUGGGGGAUUAUUUAUCUCAGAAAUGUGAAUCCGCCAAUCUGGUAUGACACGGACAUCAAGCUGUUCGAGAUUCAAAGGGUCUGA